GCGGCAGAAGGAGGGAACUUUGUGCUGCUGCUCCGUUCCUCCAGGAAUAACACAAGCACUAAAUCUCUGAGGCUCCUGAGCACUGAGCGCUCUAACAGGAGUUACUGUUUAUUCUCGAGCUGUUUAUCAGGCUGUGGAUUUUUAUAUUUCUGUAAAAGUGUGUAAUUUGGAGAUUAUGGUGCUGUACUUUAUUCUAGCAGCUCUUCUUGCUCUGGCCUCUACAGCAGAUGUGGUCCCAAAACACGAUGAACAGCAGGUUCGGACAUAUGCUGCAUAUCCCAAGAUGGUCACAGAUGAGCCGUUUGAUUAUAACGAGGGCAGCGGCUCAGGCUUCAGCCAAGACGGUGAGAGAGAGCGGCAGCGCCCCCAUGCGGCCAAAAAGUUCGUCAUCUCCAAAGAGGCCUCUCAGUUCCUCACGAGCCCUUUGGUGACCGUUUUCAUCCCAACUGUCUACAUGCUCAUCUUCAUCAUCAGCGUUCCUCUAAACGGGCUCGCCCUGGUCAUGUUUAUCCGCCGGAUUCGGCCCAAGAAGCCUGCUGCGAUCUACAUGCUGAACUUGGCCUGCGCAGACCUAUUCUUUGUUCUGCUGUUGCCCUUUCGCAUCGCCUAUCAUUACAAUGGAAACGACUGGAUCUAUGGCUCCGCCAUGUGCCGCAUGGUCACUGCUGCUUUCUACGGCAACAUUUACUGCUCAGUGCUGCUGAUUACAUGCAUCGCCGUGGACCGCUUCCUGGCCGUGGUCUACCCGAUGGACUCGCUCGUGUGGCGCAGCCCUAGAACUGCUUCGGCUGCGUGUGCCGCCAUGUGGCUUCUUUCCAUCGGCGGGGUCACACCUCUGCUUGCGUCCGAGCAGACCAUGCAUGUGGAUGUGUCCUCCACACUGAACAUCACCACAUGUCAUGACGUGAUGGACAUUAAUCACCUCCGCGGCUACUACCUUUACUUCUUUCCCAUCUUCAGCUCGCUGUUCUUCUUCGUCCCGUUUAUCCUCACCACAGUGUGUUACAUUGGCAUCAUUCAAACGCUGUGCGCGCUCGGUGACGAAAACCAAGCACGCAAGUCACGCGCCACCGCCAUGGCAGCCACAGUGUUCGCUUUGUUCACCGCGUGCUUUGCACCCACCAACAUCAUCCUGCUCACACACUAUCUGCACUUCACCCACACAGAUGGCAACACUUCAUACACUGCUUACCUGGUGGCCACGUGCUUGGGAAGCCUGAACUGCUGCCUGGAUCCACUCAUUUAUUAUUUCGGCUCGUCGCGUUGUCAGAAGCAGGUGCUGGCCUUCUUCAAGCAUCGCUCUUCACUGCAUCGCUCCCAGCUCAGUAGCGACAGCAACAGCACCACAUCCAGCAAGCUGGAGACUUUCAAAAACAACUUAAGCAGCCAGUACAGUAAGCUGGUUGCGUGAGCAAACCACACAUGACUCCACAGAAAAGUACUUUAUCAGGAUUGGGAUUAAUUGCACUUGUAGUACAUGUGCCUUAUACGACCCACAAUGACUGCGUUUUGAAAUGCAUUGCUAAUUUUCCACUAUCACUAUAAAGUGAUCACUAUCUUUACUGCAGCUUGUAAAAAUAAGCUUAUCUGCCUCUAGUUACCCUGUCAAACUACUCAAGAAAUUCUGCAUGAAACUGUUUACAUCCCCUACAGAAGUAGUUUAUAACGGCAAAGAAAGCAUUCACGAGGCUUCACCUUCCUCCAAACCAACCCGCCCUUAAGGGUUGCGUUUUGAUGCAAAGGAAAUUUUUGAGGAAACAAGGCAAAGGGAGCAGAGGGUGUAUAUCUUAAAGGCAUUGUUUUUUUUUAAAGACAAACUCCACUAACACAAUUGUAUUAUGUAAACAAAAUGUAUUGUUACAGGAAAUGUGCAAGAAAAAUGUAAUCGAUAAUUGAAACUGCCACAAUAUACACAAUAAUCGGAAAAGAACUUGGCCACUUUAAAAACAAGAAACAUAAGCUUUCUAUCAACAUCCCUUUCCAUGGAAUCCUCAGGGUCAAUUAAAAAAAUACAUCGCAUUUGUAGACAGCUGGCUAACAGUGAUGCUUCCUUUAAAAAAAAGCAGCAAUCCCCACUGCUGUGUUCCUUUCAUAUCAGAAGAAAUUCCCCACAAAAUUUAACAAAAUGACUCAAAGAUAACAUUACACAUUAUCUUACGCAUUAAGAUACAGUUACAACAGACAGACAGACAGACAGACAGCACGAGAGAUGAAGCAGAAAUCCUGCAGAAACAUUUGGAGUCUUCUUUUUCCACACUUGAGCUACAGAGACAGACUAAAACAAGCCUAACAAGCCUGCAUGUGGUUCGUUCAGAUUGGCUGUGCUGGAUCAGGAAAAUGUUUGAAUGUCCAUCGAUGAGGAGAAUCCAAGUGCAAUUGUUUCUUCGGUGCUCCAUUCAGUCUCACACGCUCAUCGUCAUGUUGGGAGAGUACUGCAGAGAAACAGAAACCUUUCUCCAAUACAGCGUAGAAAAAUCGCACAGGCAAGGAAAGUAUUAAGUACGUACCUCUAACCAAUAGUGCAGCUUUAACGGAAGCCAUGCCAGGCUAUGCCAAUGAGCACGAUAUUAUUUGUACAAGUGUCAUUUUACGUCAAAUAAAUGCGUUAAAAAUGUCCUCGUCGCACAUGAGAGUUAAAUUGUCCGAAAAAAAUCAAGCAGCUUACUUGGAACAAUCCACUCUGAACAACUUGCAUAUUCAUCUCAUUAAUCUUAAAUUUAAACCUUUGGUCUGUUUUCAUUUGUUAAAGUGCCAUUCCACCAUUGGAUGUAUUUUU